CAAGAAUCUGGAUUUUUAUAAAUUACCAUUAAAAAUGUCCAUGUCCGACUAUGAAAAGCAACGUUUAGAAAAUAUAAAAGAAAAUGAAGCUUUAUUACGUCAAUUAGAGAUUCAUAACAUUGGUCGAACGAAGACGAAGAAGACACCUUUAAAACAACAUAAACCUGUUGUAAAAAAGGAACCCAAAUUACCUUCUCGUACCUCAGCACGUAUUCGUGGUGAACCUCCCAAACGCCACUUAGACCUCGAUGGUACCCCCGAACCCGAAGUGAAGAAGCCUAAAAUUAUUGAAUCAUUAGGAUCAGACGAUCAGGAAAAAUUCCUGGGUCUCAUGAAAAAGACUCUCAUCCCUAACACCACACCCAAAGUAACAGUGAAGCAGGAACCCAACGAUGAAGGCAAGACGCCUGACCAGGUUUUACAAAACCAACUUUCGGAAUUAAAGAUUCAUCAUGAAUGGGCCACUGUGAAAGUCACUCCAAGUCGAACCAAUGGCUGUUUAUUCCAUCCCUCUGACUCAAAGAUACUUGCGUGUGCUAUUGACAUUGAUGGUCAUUUAGGCUUCUGGGAUGUCAAGAGCCAGGAUGAGGAAGGUGAACCUGUGGUCUACAGCUACAAACCACAUCGAAGAAACAUUAGUGAUUUCCAUUUUAAUCCUGUUGAUCAUUCCAAACUACUUACGUCUUCCUAUGAUGGUUUAAUUCGUACAUUUGAUAUGAAUAAGGCAGUCUUUGACACUUGGACCGCUAAAGAAGAAUACCCUAUUACAAAUUUCAGUCUUUCGAAAGAUGGCCACAACAUUUGGUUCUGUACUUCAGACGGUGAUGUUGGUAUGAAAGAUAAUAGAACAGAUAAGAAAGAGACAGUAUAUAAUAUUCGAGACAAGAAGGUGGGUUGUAUUGAUUUAAAUUCUGUGCAUGAACAUUUGUUGGCGGCUGGAUCCAAUGAUCGUACCUGUACUAUUUGGGACAUCCGCAUGUGGAACAAGAAGGCUGAACCCUUACAGUCAUUGGAACAUGGUUAUUCUGUCACCGGGUGUGCAUGGUCUCCAAAAGGAGACAUGUUGGUUACCACGGCCUAUGAUGACUAUAUUCGUUUAUUUACCUUGAAUAAGGACAUUCAAACCGUUGAAUUAAAGUCCGCCAUUCCUCAUAACAACCACACUGGCAGAUGGGUAACUAAUUUCCGUGCAAGAUGGAAUACCAACCCGAAUGGAUUAGAGACGCAACACUUUGUGAUUGGUAAUAUGAAACAAACGAUUGACAUUUAUUCGGGCGAAACAGGCAAAGAAAUUGUCCAAUUAUAUGAUGGGGACCAUAUUACUGCAAUUUCGGGCGUCUGUCAAUUUCAUCCGAGUACUACACAACCCAUGGUAUUGGCAGGCAAUGCAUCUGGACUAAUAUUUGUUUUGCAAUAACAUAUGGCAAUCCAUGAAGUACCGUAUGUCUCUUUAAAAAUUCAUACCUAAUGUAAUAUUUUAUUGAGCUGGUAUGGUGUCAUGCAAAAUGUUGUCAUUGCGUCAACAGCCAAAUUUUC